GUCGGAGAGCCAGCUGCCGCUGCUGAGGGACGGCGGGCGCCCAGGCAGCACGGACCCCGACCCGGGCCCCGGCCCCAGCCACACAGCAGGCGGCCAGCGCCCCGGGCAGGGGGACCAUGGGGCGGCCGGCGACAGGCGCCUCCAGCCCUCCGCGCGCCGCCGCCUGAGGGAGGCUCGGCGUCCUCUGCCCCAGCCCCACAGCCGGGAGCCCCACGGCCGCCGCGCCCCUUGCCCUCCACCCACCGGACGCCGAGCCGCAGAGCCCCAGCCUUCGCUGGCCGCCGGGUGCUCGCGGACGUCCUCCUCCAGUCAUGAACCCCCAAGAGGGGGCAGCGGAGGAAGGAGGAGCCGCCGACUCGGACGUAGACCCCUUUUUCCGGACAGGUUCUUUUCGGAAUGAUGGUUUGAAAGCUUCUGAUGUCCUUCCCAUUCUAAAGGAAAAAGUGGCCUUCGUGUCUGGGGGCCGUGAUAAGCGAGGUGGACCCAUCUUGACCUUCCCUGCUCGCAGCAAUCAUGACAGAAUAAGACAGGAAGACCUUCGGAAACUUGUGACGUAUUUGGCCAGCGUGCCAAGUGAGGACGUGUGCAAACGUGGCUUCACUGUCAUCAUCGACAUGCGGGGCUCCAAGUGGGACCUCAUCAAGCCCCUCCUCAAAACACUACAAGAAGCCUUUCCAGCUGAGAUCCAUGUGGCCCUCAUCAUUAAGCCAGACAACUUCUGGCAGAAACAGAAGACCAACUUUGGCAGCUCCAAAUUCAUCUUUGAGACAAGCAUGGUGUCCGUGGAGGGCCUCACAAAGCUGGUGGAUCCCUCUCAGCUGACGGAGGAGUUUGAUGGCUCUCUGGACUACAACCAUGAGGAGUGGAUUGAACUGCGGCUCUCCCUGGAGGAGUUCUUCAACAGUGCAGUGCACCUGCUCUCACGCCUUGAGGACCUGCAGGAGAUGCUGGCCCGGAAAGAGUUUCCUGUGGAUGUGGAGGGCUCUCGGCGGCUUAUUGACGAGCACACGCAGCUGAAGAAAAAGGUGCUGAAGGCCCCUGUGGAGGAGCUUGACCGGGAGGGGCAGCGCUUGCUACAGUGUAUUCGCUGCAGUGAUGGCUUCUCAGGGCGCAACUGCAUCCCAGGCAGUGCUGACUUCCAGAGCCUGGUGCCUAAGAUCACCAGCCUCCUGGACAAGCUACACUCCACCCGGCAACAUCUGCAUCAGAUGUGGCAUGUGCGCAAGCUCAAGCUGGACCAGUGCUUCCAACUGAGGCUCUUCGAGCAGGAUGCUGAGAAGAUGUUUGACUGGAUAAGCCACAACAAGGAAUUAUUUCUCCAGAGCCACACCGAGAUUGGAGUCAGCUACCAGCAUGCCCUAGACCUCCAGACACAGCACAAUCACUUCGCCAUGAACUCCAUGAAUGCUUAUGUCAACAUCAACCGCAUCAUGUCCGUGGCCUCCCGCCUGUCUGAGGCUGGCCAUUAUGCCUCCCAGCAAAUCAAGCAGAUCUCCACGCAGCUAGACCAGGAGUGGAAAAGCUUUGCAGCUGCCCUGGAUGAACGCAGCACCAUUCUGGCCAUGUCUGCUGUUUUCCAUCAGAAGGCUGAGCAGUUCCUGUCCGGAGUAGAUGCCUGGUGCAAGAUGUGCAGCGAAGGUGGCCUGCCAUCUGAGAUGCAGGACUUGGAACUGGCGAUCCACCACCACCAGACCUUGUAUGAGCAGGUGACCCAGGCCUACACAGAGGUCAGCCAAGAUGGCAAAGCACUGCUAGAUGUGUUACAACGUCCCCUGAGUCCUGGGAACUCUGAGUCCCUCACAGCCACUGCCAACUACUCCACGGCAGUGCACCAGGUGCUGGAUGUGGUCCACGAGGUGCUGCAUCACCAGAGGCGGCUUGAGAGCAUCUGGCAGCACCGCAAGGUGCGGCUCCACCAGCGGCUUCAGCUCUGCGUCUUCCAGCAGGAUGUGCAGCAGGUGUUGGACUGGAUUGAAAACCAUGGUGAGGCCUUUCUCAGCAAACAUACUGGGGUUGGGAAAUCCCUGCACCGAGCUCGAGCCCUGCAGAAGAGGCAUGAUGACUUUGAAGAGGUGGCUCAGAAUACGUACACCAAUGCAGACAAACUCCUAGAAGCAGCAGAGCAGUUGGCUCAGACGGGGGAAUGUGACCCAGAAGAAAUCUACAAAGCAGCUCGACACCUGGAGGUGCGCAUCCAGGAUUUUGUGCGCAGAGUGGAACAGCGGAAGCUUCUCCUAGACAUGUCCGUCUCCUUCCACACACACACCAAAGAGUUGUGGACAUGGAUGGAAGACCUCCAGAAGGAGAUGUUGGAGGAUGUCUGUGCAGACUCUGUGGAUGCAGUCCAGGAACUGAUCAAGCAGUUCCAGCAGCAGCAGACUGCCACCCUGGAUGCCACACUCAAUGUCAUCAAGGAAGGCGAAGAUCUUAUCCAGCAGCUCAGGUCAGCGCCUCCCUCCCUGGGGGAGCCCACCGAGGCCAGGGACUCAGCUGUGUCCAACAACAAAACGCCACACAGUAGCUCCAUCAGCCACAUCGAAUCAGUCCUACAACAGCUGGAUGAUGCCCAGGUGCAGAUGGAGGAGCUGUUCCAUGAGCGUAAGAUCAAGCUGGACAUCUUCCUGCAGUUGCGCAUCUUUGAGCAAUACACCAUUGAGGUGACAGCAGAGCUGGAUGCCUGGAAUGAAGACUUGCUCAGGCAAAUGAAUGACUUCAACACAGAAGAUCUGACCCUGGCAGAACAGAGGCUGCAGCGCCACACAGAGCGGAAACUAGCCAUGAACAAUAUGACCUUUGAGGUCAUCCAGCAGGGCCAGGAUCUGCACCAGUACAUCAUGGAGGUCCAAGCCUCAGGAAUUGAGCUAAUCUGUGAAAAAGACAUUGAUCUGGCAGCCCAAGUGCAAGAGCUACUGGAGUUUCUCCAUGAGAAGCAGCAUGAAUUGGAGCUCAAUGCAGAGCAGACCCACAAGCGACUAGAGCAGUGUCUCCAACUGCGGCACCUCCAAGCUGAGGUCAAACAGGUCCUGGGAUGGAUCCGCAAUGGAGAGUCCAUGCUCAAUGCUAGCCUGGUCAAUGCCAGCUCUUUGUCAGAGGCAGAGCAGCUACAGCGGGAGCACGAGCAGUUCCAACUGGCCAUCGAGUCCCUCUUUCAUGCCACUUCCUUGCAGAAGACGCACCAGAGUGCCCUGCAGGUGCAACAGAAAGCUGAGGCUCUGCUCCAGGCCGGCCAUUAUGAUGCAGAUGCCAUCCGGGAAUGCGCAGAAAAGGUGGCCCUUCACUGGCAGCAGCUCAUGCUGAAGAUGGAAGACCGGCUAAAACUUGUCAAUGCUUCUGUGGCCUUUUACAAAACUUCUGAACAGGUAUGUAGUGUCCUGGAGAGCUUAGAGCAAGAAUAUCGGAGAGAUGAGGAUUGGUGUGGUGGAAGAGAUAAACUGGGGCCAGCAGCAGAGAUCGACCAUGUCAUUCCACUCAUCAGCAAGCACUUGGAACAAAAGGAAGCUUUUCUUAAGGCCUGCACCCUGGCACGGCGGAAUGCUGAAGUGUUUCUCAAGUACAUCCACAGGAAUAAUGUCAGCAUGCCCAGUGUCGCCAGCCACACCCGGGGCCCUGAGCAGCAAGUGAAAGCCAUCUUGAGUGAGCUCUUACAGAGGGAAAAUCGUGUCCUGCAUUUCUGGACCUUGAAAAAAAGACGAUUAGACCAGUGCCAGCAAUUCGUGGUGUUUGAGCGCAGUGCUAAACAGGCACUGGACUGGAUCCAAGAAACGGGUGAAUAUUACCUCUCAACACAUACCUCCACGGGAGAGACCACAGAGGAGACUCAGGAGCUACUGAAAGAAUAUGGGGAUUUCAGGGUGCCUGCCAAGCAAACAAAGGAGAAGGUGAAGCUUCUGAUUCAGCUCGCUGAUAGCUUUAUAGAAAAAGGCCAUAUUCAUGCCACAGAGAUAAGGAAAUGGGUGACAACAGUGGACAAACACUAUCGAGAUUUCUCCUUGAGGAUGGGGAAGUACCGAUACUCCCUGGAGAAAGCCCUAGGAGUCAAUACAGAGGAUAACAAGGACCUGGAGCUGGACAUCAUACCAGCAAGCCUUUCUGAUCGGGAGGUCAAGCUGCGUGAUGCCAACCACGAAGUUAAUGAAGAGAAGCGGAAAUCAGCCCGAAAGAAAGAAUUCAUUAUGGCUGAACUUCUCCAGACUGAGAAAGCUUAUGUAAGAGACUUACAUGAGUGUUUGGAGACUUACCUAUGGGAAAUGACCAGUGGUGUGGAGGAGAUCCCCCCUGGGAUCCUUAAUAAAGAGCAUAUCAUCUUUGGCAAUAUCCAGGAGAUCUACGAUUUUCAUAACAACAUUUUCCUCAAAGAACUGGAGAAGUAUGAGCAGCUGCCUGAGGAUGUGGGACACUGCUUUGUCACCUGGGCAGACAAAUUUCAAAUGUAUGUCACCUACUGUAAAAACAAGCCUGAUUCCAACCAGCUGAUCCUGGAACAUGCAGGCACCUUCUUUGAUGAGAUCCAGCAGCGGCAUGGUCUGGCCAACUCCAUCUCUUCCUAUCUAAUUAAGCCUGUGCAGAGGAUCACCAAGUACCAAUUGCUCCUGAAGGAACUUUUAACUUGCUGUGAAGAAGGGAAAGGGGAGCUCAAGGAUGGCUUGGAGGUGAUGCUCAGUGUCCCCAAGAAAGCCAAUGAUGCAAUGCAUGUCAGCAUGCUGGAAGGGUUCGAUGAGAACUUGGAUGUACAGGGGGAGUUGAUUCUCCAGGAUGCCUUCCAAGUAUGGGACCCGAAAUCACUGAUCCGGAAGGGACGGGAGCGGCACUUGUUCCUCUUCGAAAUCUCUUUGGUAUUUAGCAAGGAGAUCAAAGACUCUUCAGGACACACGAAAUAUGUUUACAAGAACAAGCUACUGACCUCAGAGCUGGGUGUGACCGAGCACGUAGAGGGCGACCCCUGCAAAUUUGCCUUGUGGUCUGGCCGUACCCCAUCCUCAGACAAUAAAACAGUGCUCAAAGCUUCCAACAUUGAAACCAAGCAGGAAUGGAUCAAGAACAUUCGAGAAGUGAUUCAAGAAAGGAUUAUUCACCUGAAAGGAGCUUUAAAGGAGCCAAUUCAGCUCCCUAAAACACCAGCCAAACAGAGGAACAAUAGUAAGAGGGAUGGAGUGGAGGACAUUGACAGCCAAGGAGAUGGGAGCAGCCAGCCAGAUACGAUCUCCAUUGCCUCUAGGACCUCUCAGAACACAGUGGACAGUGACAAGCUCUCUGGUGGAUGCGAGUUAACCGUGGUCCUCCAGGACUUCAACGCGGGCCACAGCAGUGAACUGACGGUGCAGGUGGGGCAGACGGUGGAGCUGCUGGAGCGGCCGAGUGAGAGGCCGGGCUGGUGUCUGGUCCGCACCACAGAACGGAGCCCACCCCAGGAGGGCCUGGUCCCCAGCAGCGCCCUGUGCAUCUCCCAUUCCCGAAGCAGCGUGGAGAUGGACUGCUUCUUCCCCUUGGUGAAAGAUGCAUAUUCUCAUUCCUCUGGUGAAAAUGGGGGCAAGUCAGAGUCUGUGGCCAACUUGCAGGCCCAGCCUUCCCUCAACUCCAUUCACAGUUCCCCUGGCCCCAAGCGCUCCACCAACACCCUUAAGAAGUGGCUGACAAGUCCCGUGCGUCGGCUCAACAGUGGGAAAGCAGAUGGGAACAUCAAAAAGCAGAAGAAAGUACGCGAUGGUCGGAAGAGCUUUGACCUGGGAUCUCCCAAGCCUGGGGAUGAGACAACGCCGCAGGGAGACAGUGCUGAUGAGAAGAGCAAGAAAGGUUGGGGUGAAGAUGAGCCAGAUGAAGAGUCACACACUCCCCUCCCUCCACCGAUGAAGAUCUUUGACAAUGACCCCACCCAGGACGAGAUGACUCUAGAAGGAGGCUCCUAUCGGGGGAGCCUGAAAGACCCCACAGGCUGCCUGAAUGAAGGGAUGACCCCACCUACACCUCCUAGAAACCUAGAAGAAGAACAGAAAGCCAAGGCCCUGAGAGGCAGGAUGUUUGUCCUGAAUGAGCUGGUACAGACAGAGAAAGACUAUGUCAAGGACCUGGGGAUUGUGGUGGAGGGCUUCAUGAAGAGGAUAGAGGAGAAGGGUGUCCCUGAGGAUAUGCGAGGGAAGGAUAAAAUCGUGUUUGGGAAUAUCCACCAGAUCUAUGACUGGCAUAAGGAUUUUUUCCUGGGUGAACUGGAAAAAUGUAUUCAAGAACAAGACAGACUGGCCCAGCUCUUUAUUAAACAUGAGCGGAAGCUGCACAUCUACGUGUGGUACUGCCAGAACAAGCCACGAUCUGAGUACAUUGUGGCCGAAUAUGAUGCCUAUUUUGAGGAAGUAAAACAGGAGAUAAAUCAAAGGCUGACACUGAGUGACUUCCUCAUCAAGCCCAUUCAGAGAAUAACGAAAUACCAAUUGCUCCUCAAGGACUUCCUGAGAUACAGCGAGAAGGCGGGCUUGGAGUGUGCAGAUAUUGAGAAAGCAGUGGAGUUAAUGUGCCUUGUUCCCAAACGCUGCAAUGACAUGAUGAAUCUGGGACGCCUGCAGGGCUUUGAGGGCACCCUCACUGCCCAGGGCAAGCUGCUGCAGCAGGACACAUUCUACGUGAUCGAGCUGGACGCCGGCUUGCAGUCCCGGACCAAGGAAAGGCGUGUGUUCCUCUUUGAGCAGAUCGUCAUCUUCAGUGAGCUGCUCAGGAAGGGCUCCCUCACCCCAGGCUACAUGUUUAAGAGGAGCAUCAAGAUGAAUUACUUGGUCUUGGAGGAGAAUGUGGAGAAUGACCCCUGCAAAUUUGCACUGAUGAACAGGGAGACUUCUGAGAGGGUUAUUCUGCAAGCUGCCAACUCGGACAUCCAGCAAGCCUGGGUACAGGACAUCAAUCAAGUCCUAGAAACACAGCGAGAUUUCUUAAAUGCUCUACAGUCACCCAUUGAGUAUCAACGGAAAGAGAGGAGCACGGCUGUGAUGCGCUCCCAGCCCCCCAGGGCUCCCCAAGCCAGCCCCAGGCCCUACUCCUCUGUGCCUGUGGGCUCUGAGAAGCCGCCAAAGGGCUCCAGCUACAACCCACCUGUGCCACCCUUGAAGAUAUCUACCUCCAAUGGCAGUCCAGGUUUCGACUGCCACCAGCCUGGUGACAAGUUUGAGUCUAGCAAGAAUGACCUGGGGGGCUGCAAUGGGACCUCAUCUAUGGCCGUGAUCAAAGAUUAUUAUGCACUGAAGGAGAAUGAAAUCUGUGUGAGCCAAGGUGAAGUGGUCCAGGUCCUCGCCGUCAACCAGCAAAACAUGUGCCUGGUGUACCAGCCAGCCAGUGACCAUUCGCCCGCCGCCGAGGGCUGGGUCCCGGGCAGCAUCCUGGCGCCCCUCAGCAAAGCUGCAGCAGCAGGAGAAAGUAGUGAUGGCAGCAUCAAGAAGUCAUGUUCAUGGCAUACUCUACGAAUGAGAAAGCGGGCGGAAGUGGAGAACACGGGUAAAAAUGAAGCCACAGGGCCUCGUAAAUCCAAGGAUAUUCUGGGCAACAAAGUCUCUGUUAAAGAGACGAACAGUUCCGAGGAGUCAGAGUGUGAUGAUCUUGACCCUAAUACUAGCAUGGAGAUCUUAAAUCCAAAUUUCAUCCAAGAAGUGGCCCCAGAAUUCCUCGUGCCCUUAGUGGAUGUGACCUGCUUGCUUGGGGACACGGUGAUACUGCAGUGCAAAGUCUGUGGGCGGCCGAAGCCCACCAUUACCUGGAAAGGUCCAGACCAGAACAUCCUGGACACAGACAACAACUCGGCCACAUACACAGUCUCCUCCUGUGACUCUGGGGAAAUCACCCUGAAGAUCUGUAACCUGAUGCCCCAAGACAGUGGGAUUUACACCUGCAUAGCCACAAAUGACCAUGGAACCACGUCCACAUCUGCCACAGUCAAGGUGCAAGGUGUUCCCGCAGCGCCCAACCGUCCCAUCGCCCAGGAGAGGAGCUGCACCUCUGUAAUUCUCCGCUGGCUCCCGCCAGCCAGCACAGGAAACUGCACCAUCUCAGGGUACACCGUGGAGUACAGGGAGGAAGGUUCCCAGGUCUGGCAGCAGUCGGUGGCUUCGACCUUGGACACCUACCUUGUCAUUGAAGACCUUAGUCCCGGGUGUCCUUAUCAGUUCAGAGUCAGUGCCAGCAACCCUUGGGGAAUCAGCCUUCCCAGUGAACCCUCAGAAUUUGUGCGACUUCCAGAGUAUGAUGCAGCUGCAGAUGGAGCCACCAUUUCUUGGAAGGACAACUUUGACUCUGCGUAUACUGAACUGAAUGAGAUUGGAAGGGGCCGUUUCUCUAUAGUGAAGAAAUGCAUUCACAAAGCUACCCGGAAAGAUGUUGCUGUGAAAUUUGUGAGCAAAAAAAUGAAGAAGAAGGAACAGGCUGCCCAUGAGGCUGCCCUGCUUCAGCACCUUCAGCACCCCCAGUACGUCACUCUGCACGACACCUAUGAGUCCCCCACGUCCUACAUACUCAUCUUGGAACUGAUGGAUGAUGGCCGGCUCUUAGACUACCUUAUGAAUCAUGAUGAGCUGAUGGAGGAGAAAGUAGCUUUCUAUAUCCGAGACAUCAUGGAGGCUCUGCAGUACCUUCACAACUGCAGGGUUGCACACUUGGAUAUAAAGCCUGAGAACCUGCUCAUCGACCUUCGGAUCCCAGUGCCUCGAGUGAAGCUCAUUGACUUGGAAGAUGCUGUCCAAAUCUCAGGCCAUUUCCACAUCCACCACCUGCUGGGGAACCCUGAGUUUGCUGCCCCUGAAGUGAUCCAAGGCAUCCCCGUCUCCCUGGGCACAGACAUUUGGAGCAUUGGGGUUCUGACCUAUGUCAUGCUGAGCGGGGUUUCACCCUUCUUGGAUGAAAGCAAAGAGGAGACAUGCAUCAAUGUAUGCAGGGUGGAUUUCAGCUUCCCCCAUGAAUACUUCUGUGGUGUAAGCAAUGCUGCCAGGGACUUCAUCAAUGUGAUCUUACAGGAAGACUUCCGCAGGCGGCCCACAGCAGCCACUUGCCUGCAGCACCCGUGGCUCCAGCCCCACAAUGGCAGCUACUCCAAGAUCCCCCUGGACACCUCCCGCCUGGCCUGUUUCAUAGAGCGCCGCAAGCACCAAAACGAUGUGCGUCCAAUUCCCAAUGUUAAGAGCUACAUCGUCAACCGGGUAAACCAAGGCACAUAGCCAUCUCCUAGCCCUUAGGUUUCACAUAGACAUGCGGUGUGAACCAAAGCAAGACCGACUGUGUCUGUAAAUAAUUCUGUGUGUUACUUCACCCCACAUGACUCUCUAGAGUGAGUGAUGUCCCUUAUGCUUUGUUGGUGGUUAUUCAGGGUCUGAGCAGCAGUAAAAGUCACCUGAAACCCAGGGGCUUUUUAGAAGGUAAUCUGAAGAAAUAAAGAUACAGAGUCAUAGAAAGUACUCAUAGAAAGGCCAAGGAUAACAAAAACAUUAGUUGUUAUAAAAUUUUUAAUUGUACAUUCCAAAAUGAGUGGUUGAGUGGGCAAGCCUUAAACUUACUGUGAGGAGUGUAAAAGGCUUCUGACUUUGCUAAAAAUGUAAGCAAAAAGUUCUAUUUAAUAGAGAGGUCAUAUAUGUCAACUAUUCUGAUUUAGAUGACUUAGAUAUAGUUUCUUAAUAGGUUCCAUAUACACAUACAGAAUAACAGACCCCAUUCAGGUUUCAGAGUUUUAUAAUAUAGAGUUAUAUAUGAAAUCAAUCAUAAGUAAAUCUGAGUGCUGCAGUUAAGACAGUAAUUUACUUACCGAAGCAUUACAUUGUUUUGACUAAGCACAAUUAGAUGACGAGUUUUUUAGAGCAUUUUAUAAAUCUUGUAUAGAAAUCUUUUACCAGAUUCUGUGCAUUAAGAGAAAGCAAUGUUACCCUUUUGCAAUCUGUGAAUGAGAAGGGUUUUUUUCCCUCUCAGCCAUGGGUUAUUUCAUUAAGACAGGUACUGUAUAUGAAUAAUACCCCUGGCUUCUCUGGGGGCUCAUGGCUCCUCAGGCAUGAGAGUCUGCUGGGAACUGAGGCCAAAGCCAAGAAAAGUUGUGGGGUUAUUUUUAUGUCUAUAUUUGGCUUGAAAAAUGUUAAGUGACUGCCACAGGUUCAUACAAAAGGGCAAACAGAAACCUUUCUUACAGUUCCUAUGAACAGUGUACCAACACUUUCUGACUUCAUGUACAGAAAGUUGGCUUGCUUUAUUUCUAACCCCAUCUGAAGCUAAGGGGUCUUACCAAAAGGAGGCAGCCAUAUAAGCCUUUUAAAGGCCUGGUUCUAAGUCCUUUUUGAAGCCAUGGAGCAAACCUGAUGCAUCACCCUAACAGACCGUUGAAUUUUAACUGUGGUCACAAUACUUAUCACCACUCAGCCACUGAUAUUUCUCUGGAUAAAAGAACUAGUUGCAUUUGGAGGUCAAUGCUGCUUUCUGGCAUAUUCUCCAUACAAGAUUAUUAACUGCCCCUUUUCCCUCUGAUGGGAAAGCAACUAAAUCUGGGCAAUUCAUGGUUUUUCUUUGUUUGUUGCCUUGGUUUAUUUGGGGAGUGGGGUAGGGGAAAGAUUUUUUGGGUUUUAGGUUUGUAUAUGACCCACUCUUUGUUUUCUAGAAUGUGUUUUGAAAGUUGCUUCUAAACAAGUAAUAUUCUAAAAAUGCAACUCAAGUGUGUGUUUAAAUCAAGCAUUACUUCUCUCCUAUUCAUGGGAUGAAGAAGAUUGAAAUCAUGCAGCACAGAAGUGCAAGCAGAAAAUUCAUGAAUGAUAAUGAGAACUACAAACCUAAUAAAAAAGGAAUGGUGGAAACUGAGCCUGACCUUUAAUAAUUGAAACACUCUCAUAGUGGAAAUGUAGAAUUAAAAGUACUCAUGAUAUUUUUUCACUGAUUUCAAAAUCAGCUUAUUCAUCCACUUCCCACCUCAUCCCAUUCAGGAUUAUAGAUUAAUAAAUUAGUAGAAAGUACGAGCAAUAAGACUAAAUAGCACUUAGUAUUUUGGAAAUUAAUGAAAUAUAAGGAAACCAACUCCACAGUAUUGUUUCCUAGUUUUUAAUGGGCUUGGGUCAUUCAGCCUUCCUCAGAGCUCCCUAUCCCACUGCUGUCUUUAUUUAAACUGUGAUCUGUAUACAACUAUAAUGCUAUAUGGUGAAAUGUUUUAAAAUUUCAACCAUGUCUGCUGGAAGCCCUUUUAGCUUACGUGUCUUCAUUAAGGGAUGAAACAUAAAAGACAAACAUUCCACUCAUGGGGCUUGUACUGGCCGGGAUAGAUCACAAGCUGGAGCACUUAUCACUCCUCUCAAGUGUGGCUUGGCAAGUUCUCUUCUGACUAUGGUGGCUGACUGGAAUAAACAGCUUCCUUCUAGGCCACUCAGAAUUGCUAGGACAAGCAGGAGGGGACCAUGUUUUGCACUCAUACUGUGGUGAGAGGACCAUAUUGAAAUCAUGUUGUGGAACAGGGAAACAACAGGACAUUAGACAGAGCCAGAGCUUUCCUAUUAGCUUUUCAUCAAAGUCAAGAUGAUCCUUAUAGGCAGUUGCACGGAAGGCUCCCCCAAGUAUCAGAGUUGAGGAAGACAUGAAAGGAGGGACAUAGAAAUGAAAAGUAGUGUGAUUUUGUUAUCUGGAGCCGCAGUACAAUCAGUAGAGUAGAAUGAACUGAACAGAGGUCCUAUAGAAAGGGGUAUAUUUUAUAUAGUUUGAUAAUGAAGGAGAACAAAUAGGGAGGCUCCCUGGCAGCACUGUACCUGGUCCCUCCCUACAGGGGUACGAUAACAGUCUUGGUUCAAGGAUUCUCCAAAGCUGGAAAUAACAAAAAAGCCCAGAGGGCAGAGCUGGGAAUUGUAAUUUAGGUGACUUUGCAGGCUGAUGUGCUGGGGACAGAUCAGGGACCAUGCUCUUGUUCUUACGUUAGCAGAGAUUUAUUACUUGGCAGCAGAGAAUAGGGAAGAGAAAACCAUUCACUUCUGCUCCAGUCAUGGCAGUUCUUAGCAGGAGUGAAUUCUCAGCUGCAAUGGGUACGGGGUGGGAUGGUUAAAAUCCCAGGUUUCUUGCUUGGCUUACAUUCACUGCAUACAGUUCAGAGCUUUUUUGUUUUUUCAUUGUAAAGGUGGGAUGCAGAAAGAAGAAAAAGAUCAGGGACAACCCACAGUCACUUAUUUGUAAGAAGUGUAAUGAUUUUUCUGGCAUCAUUUAAUUUGUUUUUCAAAUUAAAAAAAUAGACUUAUAUCCUCUUACACAUGAAUGUGGUAAAAAAAAAAUAUUUUUUUUAAAGUAGUUGUAACGCUGGAGUUGUCCUUCAGGCUGCAACCAGCCAUAAGCUAUCUAAAGGGGAGGGAUGAGGCAGAGGAGAAAGACGGCUUCACUGCUCUGCGGUUCACAAAGACUUUAUACAAAUAGUAGUGCCUUUGGAGGGGAGGAUGGGAAAUGGAGAAGUCCACUGCAUUUAGAGUGACUUAGAUACAGCAUUUUCCUUUAUUUUAAAGUAUCUUUGAAAUGAAAGCAUCUGAAUAUAGGAUGGGACCAGGAAUUCUUGAGUUUCAGCCUCACUAUUCCAGAUUCAUCCUUUCUUGCAGAAAGUUUUUGUUGUUCCCUGCCCCCAAAUGUCCUCAUUGUUAAAAAGGGAGGAAGGGGUGAAGGACAUGAAUUGCAUAGUGUUGUUGAAAAAAUACUACCAUUGAGACAAUGUGAAAUGCUUUGAGUUAUUAAAAGUGCUACACACUGCCAGUCCUAAGGAUUUUACUGAUAGUAACUUUGAACAUUCCAGGUUUUCAAUAUUCAUGUCUUUAGAUACCAUUUACGGUCUCAUGGGGUUAAAUCCUAUAAAUUGCUUCUAAUUGGAGCUAGUAUGUGCUCUUUGUCUAAAUGUUCUUUGGUCUUCCCUAUGAUUUUGGUUAUUUAAAAGCUUUUAAAGGUUAGGAGAACUGAUGGAGUCUCAUGUCAAUAAACGGCUUUCUCCACUAUUUCUUUUGGGAGAUGUAAAGAUCAAGAUGCCCUCCAAAGCAACAGUUACCUUUGUUUCUCAAGAUUUAUGCUCUGGAAAAUUUUAUAGAGAAGAACCUAACAGCCAUCUUCCUCAGUGAGAUAGCAGAAGUGAGGAUGUUGCAUCUUCUCGUAUCAUCACAAUUCAUUUUUUUAGUCUUAGGAGAAGAGACUAGAGAGGCAAGAUUGAUGCAUAGGUAUAGAAAUGAAUUGGGCUGUUGGUUUUUGGAGGGAAUACUUGAAUCCUUUUUUUUUUUCUUAUUUUUUAAGAGUUAGGUCUUUCAGAAAGCAUGUUUGUUGUUCAGUUGCCUCCAUGAUUCGAUACAGCCUGUGAGCGAGUCAUUGCUUUUUUUUUUUUUCCUUUUCUUGCCCCUGUGGAAGAGCAUGGAUAUUUAAACUUAUAAGAAUACAAGGAAGAGAAUAUGAUAUAAAUUAAAUGGUACAUCAGCUAGAACUUUCUCUCAUGCUUUUGAUAGAGGAGAAAAUGUUUUGAACAUAAAGGGUCUCUGUAGAACGGCAGGAAAGCAGACUCACCAUGUCCUAAUUCAGGGUAGCCAAUGAAUUGUAUGAGUUGUAUUAGAUGGGCUUUGAGGAAUGCAGACUGUAGUCCUUUUUCUUCUGGCUGACAUCCCUGUGGAGCCCGGGUCAUGCAAAUGCAGGGUGACCUUUCAGUGUGUUUAUUUAUAAAACUGCAUCAUGAUCUUUGUCCUACUUAAAAUCUAGAAAUCUUUUGGGAAUGAAUGAUUAGACCAGGGAUAGACUUAAGGAGGACAGAACAUGCUCCGUUAAGAAAAAGAAAACUCCAUGUUAAUAUUUAUUUUCUGAAAACAAUAAAGCUUUCAGUUUCACUAAUUCUAGAGAGUUAAAAGGGCUGAAAUAUGUCCAUAGCACUAGAUGUUUUUUAAUAAGAAAUGUUCACAUGAAAAAUCUGUACAGAAGUAUCAUAGGUCCUUAUUUUUUGACAAAUGGGGUUUCUUCCUUAUAUUAGAAGUUAGAGGAGAGAAGAAAACAAUAACUCUACAUUAAUGCUUCAUUUCUAAAGGACAUUUAUGGAAAGCCUAAAAGUAAUACCCACAGGCUAUUGUGAUUCUUCCAUUAGCCUGUUUGUAGAAAAAUUCUAAAAUGUGAUCAGAUGUGGUUUU